UCCCACGCUGAACUCCGGCAGGCCAGCCUGCAUGCAGUACAGUCCGGGGCCUGGCAGCCACGUCUGCUGAGAGGAGGAGGAGGGGGAAAUCAUAGCGGCUCAGGCGAGGCCUCCCUCCUUCCAGCUCCCCCCACCCCCCUCACUGCCCCAGGAUGGAGGGGCUUCUCCUGCUGGCUGGGCUCUUACUGUGCUCCUCUGUCACGGCCUGGGACAAUGGGGACCUGGAGCUGUUCGACCUGGUGGAGGAGAUCCAGCAGAACUUCUACCAGUUCCUGGGGGUGGAGCAGGAUGCUUUAUCUGCUGACAUCAGGAAAGCCUAUCGUAAGCUGUCUUUAACGCUGCAUCCUGAUAAGAACAAGGAGGAAAACGCAGAAACGCAGUUCAGACAAUUGGUGGCAAUCUACGAAGUAUUAAAAGAUGAAGAAAGACGAAAACGGUAUGACGAUGUCCUUGUUAAUGGCCUCCCAGAUUGGAGACAGCCUGUGUUCUAUUACAGGCGGGUGAGGAAGAUGAGCAAUGCCGAGCUAGCAUUGCUCUUGUUCAUUAUAUUCACAGUGGGCCAUUAUGCUGUGGUUUGGUCUAUCUACCUGGAGAAGCAGCUGGAUGAACUUCUCAGUAAGAAGAAAAGAGAAAAGAAGAAAAAGGCUGGUGGGAAAACAAUAGAUGAAGUGAAAUUUAGUCUUCUGGAGAAAAAUGAGAGGGUCUCAGAGAAGCCGCAAUGGCGUGAUUUGCUCCCUUUCAAAGUAGGAAUCUGGUUUUAUCUCACGGUCAGAUCACUGCCUCAGCUAUUUCAGGAUGCCAAAGAGUUUUAUGUGGAGUACAAUGAGAAGAAAUUAAAAGAAAAAGAAGAGGCUGAAGCACAAGCUGAACUAGAAAAUUUACUUAAAGAGAAGAAACCAAAAGUAAAAAAGCCCAAAUCUGAAUUUCCAGUUUAUUCUGAAUCUGAGGCUAAAGUUAAUGUGCCAUCGUAUGAUCAAGGGGUCAGCAUCGAAGAAAUAGAGGAUCAGGUUGAUGAGUGGUUAGAGGACAGAAACCAAACGGCAAAGAAGAAGUCACCUGAAUGGAGCGAGGAGGAUCUCAUCCAGCUGACAAGAAGUAUGGUUAAGUUCCCAGGGGGGACCCCUGGUCGAUGGGAGAAGAUUGCACACGAAUUGGGUCGAUCAGUGGCAGAUGUAACCACAAAAGCAAAGCAAAUGAAGGAUUCUGUAUCCAAUUCCUCAGGUACAGUAAGAUUUUCUGAGUUAAAGUGCUCAGCAAAGGCGACUGUGAACAUAUCUGACCGUAUAAUAACUCAGCGAGAGGACGAUGACGUAGAGGAACGGGAUUAUUCUACAUGUCAGAACGAGGCCCAUGCAGCCGCAGAAAAACCACGCAGAAGAAAGACUGCCAAAGGAGAAGCGGGUAUGCCUGUAAAGGAAGAUACAGAUGACAAGUCUAGAGGCAAGAGGCAAAGAGACUUUGAUACAGAGCAGGAGGCUGAUGACACUGUGGACAGUGAUGAUGAAACUAGGAAAAAGGAGCGAAGUCGAUCAUUAGAAGAACUAUGGUCUCAAAAUCAACAAAGGUUGCUGGAAUUGGCAUUGCAACAGUAUCCAAAGGGAACCGGCGAGCGUUGGGAUAAAAUAUCCAAAUGUGUGCCUGGAAAAACCAAGGAAGACUGUAUGUAUCGAUAUAAGCUGCUCGUGGAGUUAGUACAGAAGAAGAAGCAGGCAAAGAGCUGAAACUGCAAUUUUUAACUGGCCUGAUGUCUGUUGUAAAGCAUGAAGAGUGUUAAGGCAGUAAAGUUCUUGGAAACUCAGUAUUUUCUUCAACAUGUCACGUGCCUUAGGAAUAUAUUGAAUAAAAAAAAUGCCAUCAUUAAAUACUUCAUGUGCUUAAAAAUUAAAACAUAUUUUUAUACCAGA